GAAGUGUAGCAGAUAUAAUAUCUAGAUCUAUGAAUAAAAGAGGAAUUGUUAUUGUUAUUUUUUUAAAAAGUACUUCUAAUGUCUUUCUUGUCAAAGACUUAAUCUAGAUUCUAGAUCUAUACAGGCCAGUGACAAUGUGAAAACAAGUUACACAAGUUGGACUUUCAACCUACUUUUUUUCAUAACAAACAACUACCCUACUACACGCGUAACUUGUAAACUAGGUCAUGGGGUCAUGCAUUAUUUAGAUCAAUUUAAUUAAAACAAGGUUUAUGAACACUACCGACUGCAGUAUUCGAUCAGGCUUUGGACUUCAGAAACUUCAAAGAUUUUCUUACAGAAAUAGAGUAUAAAUAAAAAGACAAUCUCUUUGACAGCGAAGUGUGCUGAUUAAGCAGAGGGAAUUUAAGGAAUAAUGUCAGAUGCAGAUGAAGCAGUGUUAUCUUUAUACAAAGAAGUUUGGCAGUGGAAGCUUGUAGAAAGUCCUGAGCUUGCAUCAUUUUGUGGUUUUCAUGCAUAUGAUGAUAGAUGGGAUGACAUUAGUGAAGAAGCUUAUUUAAGGAGAGAGCAAUGUAUCAGAAAUUUUUUAAAGAAAGCUGAAGGAAUUGAUGUUAGUUCUUGCAGUAAAGAUGUAGCCCUUAAUUAUGAAUUGUUGAUCGAUGAUCUGCGAUUGUAUCUAAAGGGAACACAAUUUAAGAGUUACUUAAUGCCCAUCAACUUUAUAGAAGGCAUUCACAAUGACUGUAACCUGACUAUUUCAUACAUGAAGUUUAAUACGGAAGAGAAUUUUAACACUUAUAUCUCUAGACUGGAGAAGCUACCUCAGAGAAUUGAGCAAGUCACACAGGCCCUUAAACGUGGUGUUCAAUGUGGAGUAGUGAUGUCUCAUUAUUCUGUGUACAGAGUGCCCAGUCUGAUAGAUGACAUUCUAAAUAGCCAACCUGAUAAACUUGGACUGUUAAAGCCAUUUUCCACUGAGCACCCAUUAAUAGCACCAUCAAGAGAUGCCUUUCAAGUUCAAGCAAAACAUAUAGUCACAACUAAAGUGUUUGAGGCACUAAGGGCAUUAAAAACCUACUUGACAGAGGAGUAUUUUAAACAUGUGCGACCUAAAGAAGGUAUAUGUUGCCUUGAAAAUGGUGAAAAGUGGUAUCAGCAGUGUCUGGACUUUCAUCUGAGCCUUUCAAUGACCCCUCAGGAAGUGCAUGAUGUUGGUCUGAAAGAGAUUGCACGUGUCCAGGAGAAAGUGUUGAAAGUCGGCAAAGAAGAGAAUUUAGGUGAAACAUUGGCAGACAUUAGAGAUACCAUACACACAAAACAAGGAGGAUACUUCAAGACCAGUGAUGAGGUUUUAGAGUUUGUAAAGGAUCUAUGUUUUUGUCAGAUUAAACCCAAAUUAGUUGACAUGUUUUAUGAUCUUCCGAAUAUACCUCUCAUCAUCAAACCAGUUCCAGAAUUUUUGAAGAAUGUACCUGCUGGGUUUUACCUGAAUGGUACGCCAGAUGGCUCAAGGGAAGGGAGCUACUGUAUCAACACUCAUAAUCCAGCUUCCUGCUUCCCGUUCCAGUUACCUGCCCUUAGUCUUCAUGAGGCAGAGCCAGGACAUCAUCUUCAGAGCAUUUAUAUUCUUGGAUCCUCUACUUUGCCAGAACUGAGGAAAUUUGCUGAAGAAAGUAAAUAUUAUCUUGCUCCUGGGAAAUUUGCAUUAAAGACAGCAUAUGUGGAGGGCUGGGGUUUGUAUGCUGAAGGUCUUGGGGAUGAAAUGAAUAUGUACAAGAACAAACUAGAUUUGAUUGGUCGUUACAGUUAUGAAGUUUUCAGAGCUGCUCGGCUGGUAGUUGAUACUGGAAUUCAUGCAUUGGGCUGGAGUAAGGAACAAGCUGUCAAUUAUUUGGUUCAAAACACUUUGGCUUCUGAGGCAGGUGCCGAAAAGGAAGUUGAAAGAUAUAUUACCUGGCCUGGUCAAGCCUGUGCUUACAAGAUUGGUGAGCUGAAAAUAUGGGAAUUACGACGAAAAGCUGAAGCUAAAUUAGGAGCAAAGUUCAAUCUAAAGGAAUUUCAUCACAGAGUUUUAGCUAAUGGAAGUUUACCAUUGCAUGUAUUGGAGUCUAUAAUUGACAAGUAUAUAGCAGAAUUUCAAGAGUCUUAAUACAAGGAAAAAAUAGUUGUUGAUUAUCUCUUGUAUAAUAUUGUUUUAGUAUUUAUAUAUUUGAUAUACCACUUAAUUUAUAUUUGUGUAGCUUUUUUUUUAAUACAAUCAGAGAAUUGCAAAAUAGUAGAUAAAUACUCAGUUGAUUAUGUUUAAAUUGACCUUAUUAUCAUAUUAUAUUCUUGUAAUAUGAUGCAAUCCAGCUUGAUUUACGUUUGUAAAAAUCUUUAAUAUUCUUGUAAUUACAGAGAUACUUGGAAGUUGACCACUUGUCAGAGAAGUUAAUUAUUUUAAAAAGUUGUCCCUAUUGGGAUUUGUUUAUAAAACUUAUAAAAUUUAUUUUGCUUCUUAGUUUAUUGAUCAUUUAAUGACCAGCCAUUACAUCUCAAUCCCUUCUAGCAUUCUGUUUGCAUUUCGUGCCCAGUUUAGUGUGAAAGUGAACAAUACACAACUCCAAGUCAAUGCUUUGCCUUUAGUAGUAGAGAAAAAAAUCUUUCAAAUGAAAGGCUGUCUACCUUAAACCAAAGCAUUUGCUCCACUUUGGUUUACUUUCUAAUUAUAGGAACAUUAUGAAAGACAAAACAUAUACAUGCUUCCCUAAAUUUGUUGAACUAAAGAUUUUUUUAUAUAGAACUUUCAUUUUAUUGAUGUCAUGUUUCAACAUUGUAAUAUGGACCAGUAUUUUCUGUAAACCUCUAUUUAUAAAAAAAAAAAAUUCAUUUUUUCUUUUUGAAAAAAAUAUUUUUUUAUGCAAUGUAAAGAAUUUUAUCAUAGUUGCUGAUUGUUAUAUACACAUAAAUAUUGCAAUGAUUAUAGUGUAUAUGUUAUAGAUGUACAAUAAUCAUUACCUCUGGGUCAGUGUUAAAGAUGUAAUUUUAGUAAGACUAGGUUACAACAACAAUGGUAAACUGUUUGUUAUAUUAACUGUGAACUUUUAUAACUUGAGACCAUAGAUCUAUGUCGAAAAGAAUUUUUUUUUAUUGACUCUGAA